UGUGCCUCUAUCGGUUCUCCUUUGGCCAUAAACUCGGAUUCCACCUGGUGUAAGGAUUCUACACCCACCACCUCUGGUGCCAAUUCGAAUUUUCUCCAGAAAUCUAUGCCCAGGCAACCUUCCCCAAGCAAGCUUACUGAUGCCCCGGAAUCCAAGAGACCCACGACCUCCAGGUCUUCGAUCUUCACCUGUGCGAAUGGCAUGCAAUUUGACGAGGCUUUCAAACGGAUUGGAGCGUGGUUCCUCGUUCUUGCCCAAGCUCCUCACACCGUUUCCCGUUUGGCAUCGAGUACAUCUUGGAGUCCUCACACCGGGUAGUCCACACUUGAAACAGAACACCUUUAACACCUCCGAUUCACACGCGUUGAAUGGGUGUCCCACGGUUCCACAAUUCCAGCAUGUACACUCUCUUCUCCGACUGAUUCCGGACAAAGCUCAUCGAUCCUCGGACGAUCUUUAUACCCUCGGUCAAAGUCGGAAAACGGCAUCUCUAGUCGAGAUCUGAGCGCUAGCAUGGUCUGGAUAUACAUCUCGAUGGUUUCUCCCGGCUUCUGCUUCCGUUCUCGCAGCUCAUACUCUCGCUCGAAGUUGGAUCGGUGACUCUGGAACUGCUGCUGUAGUGCGUACCUCAGGACCUCCUUCUACGGCACCUGAUACGACCUUUGGAGAUGUUCGAGGCGGAAUAUAAACUCUGACACGGGCAUGCUUCUGGGACUUCCAUCAAAACUGAGCCCCCACUUCCGCAGUUGGCCGACUUUAAACGCAGAAUCGCCCACUGCCCCGCUUGACCGACGCUGAUCCGGUCCUGGAUUGAAGUUGUUGUGAGUCCCACCGUUUCCAGGAGGAUGUUCUGGCGGCGUCAUGUGAGACCCAUUCCAUCUCCUUGGUUCCUGCUCCGUCGACCAGGCGGUUUGCCGAUUCAUCUCCUGCUUCUCGGACAGCGCCCCAGAUGUUGGCGGCGGGAAACCCAUGUGGUGACUUACCCCCGGCAGUAUGAUUGGCGGAGGUUGUUGUAGCAUCCUCGGGUCGAAUGGUGGCAUCUGACUCGGAUUUGCCCGCGGCUGCUCUGCAAGGCCCGAAGAGGGUAUUUGGCCCUGUCCAACUUGUUGUCCUUGGGCCUGGCGAACCUGCGUAGAUGCCUGCCAUGCUGCUUUUCCUUUACGAAAUCCCUGCGCCACUCCGCCAUGCAGUCAUUGAUGUCCUUCAUGAACUGCAUCAUAUCCUGCUGCAUCUGCUGUUUGAACAUGUCGUACUCCGUCGACAUUCCCACCUGAUGGCAAAGACUUUGGUAUGGCCCCGGUUCCGCCUACCGCUUGAAGACCACUAGCUU